AUGGCAGAGCCUUUGAAGAAUUAUCUGGAGGACGAGAAUACAGUGCCUUUUGCCUUCCAACAACUCUGGGAUGUAAUUGGAUCUCAGGAGCAAGUGAUUCAUGAGCUGGAAAGCAUGAUGGACACUCAGGAAGAGAAAUUUGUGGAAGAGUAUGAAGCUGUGGUAAAGAAGUUGGAGGAGGAAAAGGCAGCCCAUGCUCAGACCAAGGGCCUGCUGGCUAAAGAGACGGGGAAACUGCAAUUUGCUCUUGGAGAGGUGGAGGUGCCAUACAAGCAACUAGAGAGAGAAAAGCAGGCUUUUGAAAAGGCGCUAUCCAGUGUCAAGAACAAAGUUCUGAUAGGGUCCACUAAGCAGGACAAGCUUAUCACCAAGUGCAAUGAAAUUGAGUCUCACGUUAUAAAGCAAGAAGCUAUUCUUAACGAGAAAGAAAAUGAAAUUAAGGAACUACAGAAUGUCAUCAGCCACCAGAAACAGAUCUUCAGGCAUCAGAUAUCAGACUUCUGGAUUCAGAAGAAGAAAGGGAAUUACACGGCCCAAGUGCUGGACAGGAAGCAAAAGAAGGCAGGUGGGUUGCUCUCCACCAGGGGCUUCAAGGGACUUGGAGACAAAUAA